GGGAGGCGGCCGGAGUCCCGCGUGCCAACUUCCUCGGGUGGAAACGUUCCGAGGCAGAAGGAGGGCGCUCAGCGCUCUGAGCGGGGAAUGCGUGGGGCUGGACUGAAGUAACGGACGCGGCGCACCUGGGUGGCCCGCUGGCCGCCGCCCGCCCCUGGCGACGGGUGUACGCGAGCAGGCCAAUACUUGGCGGCGUGCAGGGCGCCGUCCCAGGGACUCGCCCCAUUGAUCACGCGGCUGAGCCCCCUCUGCGGAGGACAGGGGUCUGUACGUGCUGAGAACAGGACUAAUAGCAGAUUAGACAUUACAGAAGAAAAGAUUGGUAAACAUGAACAAACAGCAAUAGGAACUGCAGAAUGAAACUGUAAAAAGAGAAAAAGACUGAAGGAAAAAAUGAACAGAGCAUCAGUGAAUUGUGGGCAAUUUCAAGCAGCCCAGGGAGAUGGUGAAGAAACUUUGGGAAGAAUGUAAAUUUCUUGAGGGAGGCUCUUGUACCUCGUGUCCCUUCCUCUGGCACAAACUGGCCCUUUACUGGGCCACACCACAGAACCUCAGGUGCUCGCGAGCCCUCCUUUCCUCUACCUACUGGGACGUGUGUUACGCAGUAAUGGGCAGGAAUCGUGCCGCGCCUUCCACGUGACGGCGUGCCCGCCAGCGACUUAUCCCAGCCAAUCAGAGCGCCUCGCACCUGCGGCCACGCUCCCCCGCCCGCCAGUCGCGCGAGGGCGACGCUUCUGGUCUUGACUGUUUCCCUCCCAGCGGGGCCAGUGCGGCUGCGCGCCACGCCGUGAUUGGUCAAGAGCUGCAGGCCUGCGUACGCAGGCGCCGACCUUGGUUACUGAGGGCGGGAGCCCAGAGGGGGCGCCCCCGUAUUGUCGUAUCCCAGGCCCAAGUCGAAGCCUGUCCGCGCUCGCCAUGCCGAACCGCAAGGCCAGCCGCAACGCCUUCUACUUCUUCGUGCAGGAGAAAAUGCCCGAGCUUCGGCGGCAAGGCCUGUCCGUGUCUCGCGUGGCUGAUGCCGCCCCCUACUGCUCCUCUGACUGGAUGCUCCUGAGGGAGGAAGAGAAGAAGAAGUACACAGAAAUGGCUCGAGAGUGGAGGGCCGUCCACAGAAAGGACCCGGGGCCGGCAAAGAAUCAGACACCUGUUUCCACUCCGCUGGUGAGGCCAGGCACGCUUGUACCAAGGGAGAAUGUUUCACCCCCAGAUGUAUCAAGCUUGUCUCUCAAAAAUGAUCAAGCACUCCUUGGAGGCAUUUUUUAUUUUCUGAACAUUUUUAGCCAUGGUGAACUACCUCCUCAUUGUCCACAGCGCUUCCUCCCUUGUGAAAUAGGCUGUGUUAAAUAUUCUCUCCAAGAAGGUAUUGUGGCAGAUUUCCACAGUUUUAUAAAUCCUGGUGAAAUUCCACGAGGAUUUCGUUUUCAUUGUCAGGCUGCAAGUGAUUCUAGUCACAAGAUUCCUAUUUCAAACUUUGAAUUUGGGUAUGACCAAGCAACUGUGUUACAAAACCUUUGUAGGUUUAUUCACACAAACCCAGGGGGCUGGCCACCAAUCUACUGCAAGUCUAAUGAUAGAGCCAGAGUCAACUGGUGUUUGCAGCAAAUGGCAAAGGCAUCACAAGAAAUCAGGCAAAAUCUAGAGCUUCUCACUGUGGAGGAUCUCGUAGUGGAGAUCUACCAGCAAAAAUUUCUCAAGGAGCCUUCUAAGACCUGGGUUCGGAGCCUCUUAGAUGUGGCCAUGUGGGAUUAUUCUAGCAACACAAGGUACUGCAUCAGUAACUCCCUGGCCACUCUCUUUGGAAUCCAGCUCACAGAGGCUCACAUCCCACUCCAGGAUUAUGAGGCCAGCAAUAGUGUGACACCCAAAAUGGUUGUACUGGAUGCGGGGCGUUACCAGAAACUAAGGGUUGAGAGUCCAGGAUUCUCUAAUUUCCGCUCUCCUAAUCCAGAACAAAGAGCAGAUACACCCACUGGUGACUACCCAUCAGGGGUGAAAAUUUCUAGCCAAAGCAGCAGUGUCCGGGGAAGAGGGAUCACCCGCUUACUGGAGAGCCUCCCCAGCUCCUCCGGCACCAGCCACUGAUUCCCCGGCUGUGAGACUCUGCUCUCGCUUUGCAGGUCCCCAAAAGAUGGAUACACAUCUUUCUCUUCCUUAUCUUAAUGAUGGUGCUUUUCAAUUUCUAGAAAAAUCACAGGCCCAGCUUCCCUUCUGACUACAAUCAUAUUAAACAUGUCACACCAAUGAUAGCUAUCACCACUGUGAAAAUUACUUCAUUUGUAAGGAAAUUUUCAGAGGUUUUUUAAAAGAAGUUGGAGAAGAUAUUUGCAUUUUUGCUUUUUUCUUGAGGGCUUGUUCUACUUCCUGACUGUAUGAUGGAAAUGCCAUUAAAGUUUUGAGUCCUGUAAGAACAAAACUGGCAUUUUCAAAGUUGUGCUUUUGGGGAUGUUGUAUUUUGAUAAUCUUUUCCUCCACAGUGAAGGUAUUAAAUUAAAUGUCUGUUAUGAAAGGUUUUAAAAUAGUAUUAAUCUACUUCGCAUUAUGAAAUAGGGGACCCUACCUUUGAGACCUGCAGGAUAUUUUCAUUGCAGAUUUCUAAGAAAAUUAGCCUUUAACAAAAUGUCUUGCUACUUAGUCUUUGAAAUAUGCUGACUUGGACAAAGGGGUCAUUUGAAGGAUGAAAAGCCAAAAUGAGAUUAUGUCAUUUUCCCCAAAUCAUGGCAAUAUAGUGACUGAAUUCCAGAUGCACUUGACUACAGAUCUCUUCACAUAUACCAGAUGCAUGUCAUACUGAGUUAAGAUUUGACCUGUUUGUGACUAACUUACACUGGCUCAUAUUCUCUGCCUGGCCACUUACAGAGAAGCCUGGAGUAGGAAGAGAGAUGUAUAACCCUUUUUGCUUAGAAUUGCAACCAAGGCCGCACAUGGCAGUGGCAGAGACAGCAUUGUGAUUUAGGUCCAAAAUCCUGACCCCUCUGGUCAGUCUGUCAUGGGACCUAGGUUUUUCUUAUCUCCAUAUUCUCCUUUCCUAACUUACUGAGUACCUACUUUAUAGACAUAUGCAUUGUCUUGUGCAGUCCUUAUGACCACUCGGACUUGUAUGUUAUAGACACAUACACAGACUCAGACUCGGGUCAUACAGCUCGUAAGGGGAGGGGCUGUCAUUCAGGUCUGUCUGACCCCAAAGACUGUGAUCCUCAGACACCACACUGUCUUCUACCUCUUUUUUAUCUAUUUCUGAUAAUAGUUCUUGAACAAGAAACAGUUCACAGAAUAUAAGUUUAUAUAUUGGUAUUACAUUUCUGCUAGCACAUUUUAAAAAAAAUGUUAUAUCCAAGCUUUGAAACCAUAUUGUCUUCAAAAUCAGCAUGAUACUAAUUGGGUUGGUUGGGAAAGUAGAGGAAAGACCUAAAAUUGUAAUUCAAAUUGAUGACUUCCAGUGGCUUGAGUCCUGUUCUCUACCAUCUGAACUGAAUCCUUAAACUUUCAACUUAUAUUUAAAAAAUUUUACAGGUCAUACUAUGCUUUUGAGAUAUAUCACAUAAACCAAAAAAUUCAAUAGGCCCCAGGAAAUUUAGGAGAAUAGCUGGUCUUUCUCUUCAGAGAUAAUCAAAAUC